CGGAUCCGCACUCGCUGAAACCAGCUUGCAAUUUUUUUUUCUCCCCCAAUCUCGAUUUCGUUUUGAAUUCCAUCGUUUCCUCCGCCUCUCUCACUCAUGGGCAAGAUUAAGAUCGGCAUCAACGGUUUCGGCCGCAUCGGCAGGCUGGUGGCUAGGGUGGCGCUGCAGAGCGACGAUGUCGAGCUCGUCGCCGUCAACGACCCCUUCAUCACCACCGAGUACAUGACAUACAUGUUCAAGUAUGACACUGUCCACGGCCAGUGGAAGCAUCAUGAGGUCAAGGUCAAGGACUCUAAGACCCUUGUCUUCGGUGCUAAGGAGGUUGCAGUGUUCGGCUGCAGGAACCCUGAGGAGAUCCCAUGGGCUGAGGCUGGCGCUGAGUACGUUGUUGAGUCUACCGGUGUUUUCACCGACAAGGACAAGGCAGCUGCUCACCUGAAGGGUGGUGCCAAGAAGGUCGUCAUUUCUGCUCCCAGCAAAGACGCCCCCAUGUUUGUUGUUGGUGUCAACGAGAAGGAAUACAAGUCUGACAUUAACAUCGUCUCCAACGCUAGCUGCACCACUAACUGCCUGGCUCCUCUCGCUAAGGUCAUUAAUGACAGAUUUGGCAUCGUUGAGGGUUUGAUGACCACUGUCCACGCCAUCACCGCUACCCAGAAGACUGUUGAUGGACCCUCAAGCAAGGACUGGAGGGGUGGAAGGGCUGCUAGCUUCAACAUCAUUCCUAGCAGCACUGGAGCUGCCAAGGCUGUCGGCAAGGUGCUUCCUGCCCUCAAUGGAAAGUUGACCGGCAUGGCUUUCCGUGUUCCCACUGUCGAUGUUUCCGUCGUUGAUCUGACUGUUAGGCUUGAGAAGGCAGCCAGCUAUGAUCAGAUCAAGGCUGCAAUCAAGGAGGAGGCUGAGGGCAACCUCAAGGGCAUCCUCGGUUACGUUGAGGAGGACCUCGUGUCCACUGACUUCCAGGGUGACAGCAGGUCCAGCAUCUUUGAUGCCAAGGCUGGUAUUGCUCUGAGCGACAAGUUCGUGAAGCUCGUGUCCUGGUACGACAACGAGUGGGGAUACAGCACCCGCGUGAUCGACCUGAUCCGUCACAUGCACAACACCAACUAGACGAGCCCCCUGGUGGAGGCCUGAAGAACAUACAGGGGAGUUGUGUUUUGCCCCAGAGAAGAGUAGACAGCCUCUUCCGAGAAUAAAUUUUUGUAUGGUUUUAUGUCGGUCAGAAACCUAAAACUGUACUGGUUGUAUCAUGGUGGUUGGUUGGGCCUGGUCAUGGCUCAUAUUUUGUGUCUAAUUUUCUUUCGCGUAAUCUAAAUCUAAGUGUUACCUCUCAGAU